AUGGCAACCCGACCAGAGCUUCCGAGCAGGGGCCCCGCGUCCUGGCGGGGCUGCGCCCUGUGUGUCGGGCUACUGCUCUCUGUCUCUGGUGCCUCAGAGGUCUCCCAGCCCUCUCUGUUCCAGCCUCAGUCUUCUGUGCUGAGUGGACAAGGCAAUCCACAGAUCUGGUGUGUGGUGCUGGGCAGCCCUGCCAGCGCUCAUGUUGUAUCUUGGUACCAGCAGCUGGUGGGGAGUGGCCCCACCUUCCUGUUAAGUCAGCAAGAAGGGAUGCCCCCAACCUAUGGUUUGGGUGUGAAUCCUCGCUUCCUGGCGGAGAUGGACCCAGCCAAGAAUGCCGCACUCCUUAUCGUGGGCAAUGCCAGUCCUGCUGACGAGGGCACCUACUACUGUGCCCUGUGGUUUUCAGGCCAGUAUGUCUUUGGAGAAGGUACCCGUCUGCUCUAUCAGGGACACAACCCUGACCCUCUCAGGGUCUCCUGGGUCCUGAAAGGCCGAUACCAGGAGGAUGAGGACACCACUGGAGGAGCUGGGGAGCCCGUGGUCAGCUGGCUGCAGCUGCCUCAGGAGAUGGCAGGAAUUUCUGUGACUUGCCGAGGCUUGCACCAGACUGGAGUCUCAGAAGUUGUGCUGCCCCUGCCCUGUGGCCAGGGUUGCAGAAGGCUGGAACUGAAGAAUGGGAAUGAGACUCACGAGAAGAGUGGACACACUUGUCUAGAGCUGGAACAGACCCUCACUGCUGCGGCCAACUGCUACCUGGGACUGCUGGGUGCAGCUCUGAUCUAUGGCCUGAUCUUGGCUGCCCUCUGGAGGAAUCGCUGCCGUUGGGCCCACCCUACGAAGCCACUCACCCGACAGGGUCAAGGAGCAGCCCUCGGUUCCAGGGCGCAGGUGGGCAGAAGGUGCCCUCCUGCCAGGGCUGCGGAGCACAAGAGGCCAAGUCCCAGUGGGUCCCACGUCCUCCGAGGGGCUGCCUGUGUACCAGACCCUCCCUCCUUACUCCAGCCAGCUUCCUUCUAGUCUGCUGUCUUUUGUUACCCUAUAGGUGCCCCUUUUUCUUCCAGACUGCCCACAUUUCUCCAAAAAUACAGGAAAUUUGAGAAGAUACUGCUGUGCUGUU